AUUUAGCAAGUAUUUGUAAAACCUUGUGUUGUGAUGUUAGAAAGUAAUCAUCAGUCUGUAGUUGCAACAUAUUUCUUUUCUCCUUCUUUGUAAACACUAUAGAAGUAACCAGGAAACAUUUACUGCACUAGGGUCCUCCUCAGUGAAUGAACAUACAAUUUUUCCAUUAGAACUGGACCAGCCUCCGGUAGCUCACGUUGUGUCAAGUUCACCCAUCGCUCUGCCUAUCAGGACCGCCACCCUAGACGGAUCUCACUCCACUGAUGACAAAGGAGGAGUCACCUACCUGUGGACCAGAGAUGAUGGCAGCCCUGCUGCUGGGGAUGUACUGAACAACUCUGACCACCAGGCCAUGCUCUUUCUGGGGAACCUGGUGGAGGGGAAGUACAGCUUCACCCUCACUGUAACUGACAGUAAGGGACAGACCAGCACCAACAGGGGCACAGUGGAAGUCAAACCUGACAUGUGGGAGCGUGACCUGGUGGAGUUGGUGCUGGAGGUUUCUGUAUCCCAGGUCUCCCACCGUCAGCGCGACAUGCUGCUGCGCCAGGUUGGAGUUUUACUGGGCGUGCUCGACAGUGACAUCAUCGUGCGAGAGAUCAGUGCAUUUAAUGAGCACAGUACUCGUUUGGUCUUCCUGGUGUCAGGCGGUCCAGGGCGCCCUCCUCUGUCUGGCCGCAGCGUUGCACUUGGCCUACGAAACAAACUGCGCAAACAGAAGAAUGACUUUCUCAUCUUUAAGGCCCGGCGGGUGGACACAGUCAUCUGUCAGCUGAACUGCUCGAGUCACGGCGAGUGUGACUCUUUCACACGGCGCUGUGUCUGCCACCCUUUCUGGAUGGAGAAUUUCAUCCGAGCUCAGCUUGGAGAUGCAGAGAGCAACUGUGAGUGGAGCGUACUCUAUGUGACUAUAGCAUCCUUUAUGAUUGUGGUUGCUAUAGCAACAGUUGUCUGGGGGAUGGUGUGUUGUUGCAACAGGUGAGCACAAUUUCUAAAAUAUGAAUAUGAUUACUGUGUGUGUG